ACGAGAGUUCCCGGGACUCUCCCCGGGCCAAGGGCGAGAAAAUAUUGCUCUAGGGGCAUCGGUAUGAUAGCUACCCCAGAGAAGCAAAGCCGGUGCUAAUCGGAGAGGUCCCCAACCUAGUAUGGGCCGAAGUUGGCCCCGGAACCGAGUGCGAGGAGCUCGGGGACGCUGGGAGGUCUCCGGGCCCAGUUAGGCGUCGCACCGCGGCAGGUUGCCCUGGUAACCGCGGCCGCGGGGGCACUGGCAUCGGACCGUGAGUGGGUCUGAGCAGGCUGGAGUUUGGUAAGCCCACUCGCUUCCAGGUCAUGGAAUCAUCACCAAAAGGUUUGCUUACCCAAGUGACUCAACUCUGGAACCUCCUAGACGACCUAGCUGAAAGUGACCCUGAAAGUUAUGAGAAGUUCAUUCAACAGCAGCUGAAAGAAGGGGAGAAACACUGUGCUGCCCCUGAGCCACAGCUCUGUUUGCAGACCAAGAUCUUGAAACCAGAAGAAAAAGUUUUAUUCAUCAACCUUUGUCAGUGGACAAGGAUCCCAGCACCCCAGUCAAAGGCAGAGCCUGUACCUUUGAGUGUUGGCAAGCCAGAAGAUGCAUCUGAGACGUCAGAAUCAUACACAGUUAUCGAUGUUGCCUACAACCCUGCUGUUCUCAAAGCAGCAAAAGAUGAUGAAAUGGAAAUUGAUCAACUGAUUCACCUUACAAUGAAAUGCAUUGAGGAUCGAUAUCAAUUUACUCUUUCCCAUUCCUAUCACAUUACAAAAACCAGGAAGAAAGGAAGCCUCCAAAGGAUGAAAAAGAAUUUGAUGGGAAUCCAAACUGACUCAACAGAUUUAAGUGAGAAAAUGAAGAAAGAACUAACACUUGAGCAGUUGAGAAACUGUAGUGUGAAUAACCAAGAUGACAUUCCACAACUUUUACUGCCAAAGGACCAUAUUCCAAGCAAACAAGGGUGUCUGAUUGAGGAAAUUUCCAGUAGUGAGCUCCAAGUUGAGCUGAAGACUCCAAAUUAUAAGCUGACAGUUGUGGAGGAUCAGAAUGGAAGACCACUGAGAAUUGAGAUGAAAGUUGAACUUCCUGGUCUUAGCUCUGUCUGUGACUGUGACCUUAGUGUUUCUAAGGAUGACUUAGUGAUUGAGGUCUCUGAGAAGUACCGAUUACAGGUAGAUCUUCCAGAAGCGGUUGACACUGCAACAACUACAGCAAAAUUUGUCACAGGGAAAGCUACAUUAAUCAUCACCAUGCCAGUCCUGCAGUAAAAGAGCAGGUGUUAGGCUUUUAUUGUUCUACCACUGAGCUCCCAUGAAGACAUUAAAGGCUUUUGUAUCAUAGGUAAGAAGGGGUGAUAUUAAAUACUAAUUUCAGAUUUCAUAAGUUUUUAUAGCAUUUGCAUCUCUCUUCAGAUUUUAACAUAUUUCCUCUACUCUGUUGUUCCUUUACCCACAAAUGGCCUGGCCCCUAUUUUAGACAACUGAAACCUUAGAUGCUAUAGCAUGUUUCCUUUGACAUUGACAGCAAUCACAAGUACAAAUACUAGUUGGGAAAAUAAAAUGAGGGGCAGCUAGGUGGUGCAGUGGAUAGAGCAUGAGCCCUUAAGUCAGGAAGACCUGAGUUCAAAUUCGGCCUCAGACCAAACACUUCAGUUGUGCUAGCCAUAUUUUAUGUUCUCAUCUGGGUUUCUCACAGAAUUGAAAAUGAUAAUUCUUUGUGGAUAAAUGUAUAAGGAAUUUGUUCAGCUUGAAUCAACAAGCUUUUAACUCCAAUAUAUUUGCUUUUAAGUGUGAUUUAUAAAUACCUGCACUCUGCUUAAGCUUAAAAUCCACAAUGCUGGGGCAGCUUGGUGGCUCAGUGGAUAGAGCACUGGCCCUGAAGUCAGGAGGACCUGAGUUCAAAUCCGGCCUCAGA